CUAGCAUUAGCGGCUGGUGUUUGUUGACAGCGGCGCCGCUCCAGCUUUUCCCUCCUGUGUUCGCUAUGGCAUCAUCUAACACCUACAAACUCAGGUGCUCCAUCCCGGGCCACGAGAUGGACGUGAGAGGCCUGACGGCGGCUUUUUUCCCGGAGGGAUCCUUCGUGUCUGUGUCCAGAGACCGAACCGGAAGAGUCUGGGUACCAAACUCAAGCCCAGACAAAGGCUUCACAGAGAUGCACUGCAUGUCCGGUCACUCAAAUUUUGUAUCCUGUGUUUGCAUCAUCGCUCCUAAUGAAACGUAUCCUCGGGGACUUGUAGCGACAGGUGGAAAUGAUAAUAAUAUUUGUGUUUUCACACUGGAUCAACCACAACCCCUGUUUACUCUCAAAGGUCACAAAAACACUGUUUGCACGCUAUCAUCUGGGAAAUUUGGGACACUUCUGAGUGGCUCCUGGGAUACAACAGCCAAAGUCUGGCUCAAUGAGAAGUGCAUGAUGACUCUGCAGGGCCACACCGCUGCAGUGUGGGCUGUCAUCAUUUUACCUGAACAAGGCCUGAUGCUCUCAGGAUCAGCAGAUAAGACCAUAAAACUCUGGAAGGCUGGUCGGUGCGAGAACACGUUUACAGGCCACGAGGACUGUGUAAGGGGGCUAGCAGUGAUCAGCAGCACUGAAUUCUUGUCAUGCAGCAAUGACACAAGUAUCAGAAAGUGGCUGGUGACCGGAGAAUGUCUACAAGUUUAUUACAGUCACACCAACUACAUCUACAGCCUUGCUGUCUUCCCCAAUGGCCAAGAUUUCAUAAGCACAGGAGAGGACCGGACUCUGAGGAUCUGGAGGAAGGGAGAAUGCUCUCAGACCAUCCGCCUGCCUGCCCAGUCUGUCUGGUGCUGCUGUAUUCUGCCUAAUGGGGAUAUAGCUGUUGGAGCCAGUGACGGCAUCAUCCGUGUGUUUACGGAAGCCGAGGACCGCAUGGCGAGUGUGGAGGACCUGCAGGCCUUCGAGGAUGAGCUUUCCAAAGCCACCAUCGACCCCAAGACCGGCGAUCUCGGAGACAUCAAAAUGGAGGACCUUCCUGGACGAGAGCACCUGAACGAGCCUGGCAAUCGUGAUGGACAGACACGCUUGAUUAAAGAUGGGCAGAAGGUGGAGGCGUAUCAGUGGAGCGUCAGCGACGGGCGCUGGGUGAAAAUCGGAGACGUGGUCGGCGGCUCCAACCAGCAGACGUCAAAGAGCGUGAUGUAUGAAGGAAAGGAAUACGACUACGUCUUCACCAUCGACGUGAACGAGGGCGGGCCGUCCAUGAAGCUGCCCUACAACGUGUCGGAGGACCCCUGGCUCACGGCGCACAACUUCCUGCAGAAGAACGACCUCAGCCCCAUGUUUCUCGACCAGGUGGCAAAUUUCAUCAUCGAGAACACCAAAGGACACGUGGUGGGACCCGCCCAGCCCGUCAGCGGCGACCCGUUCACAGGAGGAGCGCGUUAUAUCCCCGGCUCCUCUGGUGACAGGCCAGGCUUUGGUGCUGAUCCCUUCACUGGCUCUGGUCGCUACAUCCCAGGAUCGGGUCCCAACAUGAGUGCUCCCGGAGGCGUAGCCGAUCCUUUCACAGGAGGAGGUGCCUACUCCUCAGCAGCCCUGAGAGAGACCACGACCAACAUCUACUUCCCAAAGACUGAUGGUGUGACCUUUGAGCAAGCCAAUUCCUCUCAGAUCAUUGCCAAGUUGAAGGAGCUGAACGGAGGCGCCCCGCAGGAACACAAGCUCUCUGAGGAAGUCCUGGAAAGCGUGGAGAGGCUGCUCAUGUCUGUGUGUGGGCCCGGCUCCUCUGAGCCUCCCCCGACCAUGCAGCAGAUCAACGACCUCUGGAGAGCUGCUCACUGGCCUGAAGACAUAGUGUUCCCUGUCCUGGACAUCGUGAGGCUGGCAGUGCGUCACCCACAGGUUAAUGAAACGCUCUGUGGAGAGGCGGAGGGAGUCCAGAUGUGCAACCACCUGCUGAGCCUGAUGAGGCCCGAGGGGCGGCCCGCCAACCAGAUGCUGGCGCUGCGGACUUUGUGCAACUGCUUUAGCGGCAGACACGGCCGAGCCCUCCUCAUGGCCCAGCGCGAAGCGGUGCUGGCGCGCGCCGCCGACCUGGCCACCGUCUGUAAUAAGAACAUCCACAUCGCCUUGGCCACGCUGGUGCUCAACUACGCCGGCUGCCUGCACAGCCAGCCCGACCUCGAGGCCAAGGCCCAGUGCCUGUCGGUGGCCAGCCGAGCUCUGGAGACCGUACAAGACAAGGAGGCCAUCUUUAGGUUGCUGGUGGCCUUGGGAACCACUGUGGCCUCGGACCAGACGGCCCAGGACCUGGCCCGCUCCCUGGGGGUCACGUCUCAAAUCUCAAAGUACUCCUCAGUGUCUGAUCCGUCAAAAGUGGGCGAGUGUUGUCAGCUGGUUUUAAAACAACUCCAAUGAAGUGAAUGAUUAGAUGAUUUAAAAAGAAAAAAGAAAAAAAAAACACUACUUUGUAUUAUGCUUAAUCUGUUGUGGUGCAGAAAUUAUUGUAUGUUAUACAAUAAAAAA